GAGGAUUCAAGCAUUUCUGUGGCACAAGCAGACAGAAAAUUGUCGAGUCUUGAUAGCUCAUUUUUUCUUUUUCAAUUGAUCAGGUUACAUUGGAUGGCUAUGGGUCUCAUCUCACGUUUGGUGACGUUCUUCGGACUCGUCCUCCUUGCCCAUGCGGGUUACUCCGCUCAUGAGCAUACGGUCUUGUACAGCAAUGCCCGCCUCUCCGCGUCUACUGCUCUUCCUCAGGAUAUCGUCAUCGAAGCUCUAGUAUCCCUCGUUCUCGUUUCAGUGGGCCUAGUGUUGGGCGCGCCUAAAUUGAAGCCGAUUAGCUGGAGCCAGUGGGCUGGGGAGAUCGAGAAGGAGGGUGGUGGCAGAAACCCCUACCGGAGGUUGGAGGAGAGGUAUAACUUCUGGGAUGUGCGGGCCAAACGGAAAGAAUUUGCGGAUUGGAUCAAGGGCGAGAAUCCUCUAAAGGAGUGAUGCAUGCUUUGCUAUAGGAAGCUGUCUGGAAUAAUACGUUUAUGUACAGUUAUAUCAGGCAAAAUUAAUGAACAAGUGGUUGCUCCUGGGUCUGCGCUGCUAUUCCUAUUGCGUUGCUUUGGGUUUGAUAAUUUGGAGAUCUGUUACCAGCUGAGUAUGUGUGGAGUACACAUUGAGUGUGAUGCAGUUACAGGGUGUCUGGUGUCAUGAACUCGGAAGACGCUUCACCGAUGUGUCGUUUCUUUUCAAUCGAUGCCCUGGCCCUACUAAGGAGCCAUUCCGUCAUACCUUCCAG